AAAUGAUAUAGUAAAACUAAACAGGCAGGUCUAAUGCUGGAUUCUUACGUUUUUCUUUUAAGAACGUAAUAUAAACAGAAUUUAUUCAGAGACUCACAAUUAUUAACACUCACUGAGUUUAAGCAUUUGUGUCCUUCAGAGAUGAUGUUCAUUUAUACGACUCUACUGAUUAUCUGUGGAUUUACAGAUUCAAGAUCAGAACAGUAUAUUGUAGUUGGACCCACUGAUCCUGUUCUUGUUGUAGCUGGUGAAGAUGUGAUUCUGCCCUGUACCAUCAAACCCGACACCAGUGCUGAGGACAUGAGAGUGGAGUGGUUUAGACUCGAUUUACAAGACUCAGUAGUGCAUCUCUAUGAGGAUCAUAAAGACAGAAAUACAUAUCAGAGUCAGUCCUACAGAGGGAGAACACAACUGUUCAAACAAGAACUACAGAAAGGAAACGCAUCACUCAAACUCUCAACCGUCCAACUCUCUGAUGAAGGACUUUACAAGUGUUUCGUUCAGUCCAAAUCCUGGUAUGAUGACAUCACUCUUAAUGUCACAGUUGAAGCUGUAGGAACUCAACCACUGAUCAUAAUAGAUGGGUUUGAUCAUUCUGGAGGGGUUCAUCUACAGUGUGAAUCCAAAGGCUGGAACCCUGAACCUGAACUUGUGUGGUUGGACCAUGAAGGAGUCGCUUUGAAAUCUGAAGCUACAGACACACAGAGAGACACAGACGGAUUCAGCGUUAAACACACCAUCACUGUAUAUAAUAGUGACAGCAAAUACCACUGCAGAGUCCAAAUGAGACAUCAUAUGCUGGAGACAGAGAUUAUUACCUCAUGUAAAACAUUUAAUUCAUGGAGGAUGUCAGUCAUCUGGACUUCAGUUGCAGUUGUGUUCAGUGUGAUCGCUGUAAUACUGAUUGCAGCUUUUAUUCAUAAACACAGAGAUUUAAACAAGAAGAGGAGAAUUUAAGAAGAACUCAAUCAACAUUUACAGAAACAGAAGAUCAUUAUCCCAUAUGUGUUCACACUUUUCAGAAAACAUGCAGUGAAUGUGACUCUGGAUCCUGAUUCAGCUCAUCCACGUCUCACUGUGUCUGAUGAUGGAAAACAAGUGAGAGGUGGA